CAUCAGAUGUUUGUUCGUCCGUCACGCUUUCAGCUUGUCAAGCUUCAAUAAUUCGUAAUAGAUAAUCCUCAAAGGUUGUGAAAAUGUUGAUUCCAACGUCCGGCGAUCAGAUCCUUUUCAUAUGGAGCGGGAGUGGAUCUCAACUCCUUGAACCCAUCUCCACAAAGGCAAAGGAAAUCCCCAAUGUCGCACUGAAGCCAGAAAACCUGGAGCGUCUAGAACUUGCGAAUCACGCGAAAUCGACGUUCGACAAAUGUAUUAUUGCCGUUUCGGUGGCUGAGUUCACAGACGAAUUGCUUGCAACUACGUUGAAAUUACUCAAGCCGGCGGGUGCUUUGUACGUUCCACUUACACCAGGUCUGGACCCUGCGAAAGUUUUGUCACAACUGAAAUUGUCGGGAUAUGUGAACGGAAAGGCGGAAAAUGACACGAUAGUAGGCGAAAAACCCAAGUAUGAAGUUGGUGCAUCGGUGAAGCUAAGUUUCGGCGCGAAACAAAACUCAGAGACUGACCAGAAGAAGAAGGCGGCGAUAUGGAGCGUGAAUGGGGAUGAUGUCGAUGAUGAGGAGAAAAUUGAUCCUGAUGAACUGUUGGAUGAAGAGGAUCUUGCUAAGCCAGAUCCUUCAUCGUUGAGAGUGUGCAGUACAACGGGUAAACGUAAAGCUUGCAAAAAUUGUUCAUGUGGCCUUGCUGAUGAAUUAGCAGCUGAAAGUGCACAGUCAAAACCUGCCGACCAGCCUAAAUCAUCGUGUGGAAAUUGUUACCUUGGUGAUGCCUUCCGUUGUUCAACGUGUCCCUACUUAGGAAUGCCAGCCUUCAAGCCAGGCGAAAAAGUUAAAUUGAACGACAAUUUCCUACAAGACGAUAUUUAAAGUAUUGGUGAAAUGCGACUCAUACAUAGCGACCGGAUAGCUUGGUUUGUUUUGAAAAAUUAUUGAGAUUUGGAAGAGAUUAGACAACGAGAAGGAAAAUGCUUCUUUAUCAUGCACAAGUGCACCCUCUUCAUAGGUGACGAAGACCUUUGACUUCAUUAGCAGUUCAGUUUCAGUUGUUUUGGUGUAAUUUUCUCAUUAUAUUGCCUGCAUUCAUUCACACAUUGCGCAGUAAUUUCAAUAAAGUAUUACCGAAUUGUUAUAUAGU